CAGGCAUUAUUAUUAUUAUUAUUAUUAUUUAUUAAAAUUUAAAUGCAACACAUAAGAAGUUCUUAAAAAGAAAACCAGAAGUGUAAAGAGAAAAAAGGACCUACAGCUGCUUCCUAAAAUAAUAACCUCAAAGGGGCUAACAAUGGCAUUGUCACCUGGACACCCCAAGGAUGGCUCCUGUUGCUCCCAUCAUGUGGCCGUGCCAAGUGUUCACCAGACUCUGGAGGAGAUGGAUUUUGAGAGAGGGAUUUGGUGUGCUGCUCUGAAUGGAGACCUUGACAAGGUUAAAAAACAGAUCCUAAACCACAGUAAUCCCAGCGAGCCAGAUCCCUUUGGAUACACAGCUUUGCACUACGCCAGCCGCAAUGGCCAUUAUGAUGUCUGCCGAUUCCUCCUGGAGAGCGGAGCUGCCUGCAAUGCUCAGACCCAUGGCGGGGCCACCCCUCUCCACCGAGCCUCUUACUGUGGGCACACGGAGGUGGCUGAGCUCCUGCUGACCUACGGGGCUGAUCCAGCAGCCACCGAUGAUGAUGGGAGGACCUGCUUGCACAAGGCGGCCGAGAAUGGACACGGAGACCUCUGCCUCCUCUUCCUGGAGCGCAACUCUGACCUGAGACGCCUGCAGGACAAGAGCCUGCGCCGUGCCUGCGAUUUGGUUCCUGACAAGAAUGAGGACUUGAGGAAGCUUCUGGAGCAGGGAGCUGAUUGUUGAGGAGAUGAAGCGUUCUCUUAAGCAAACACUCCCACCGUCCUGCUAAAGUCCUUUGGUAUUACAAAGGCGUGUGUGAACCAAGCCCACUUUUGACCUGUAUCUGUGUAGGAGGUGUAAGCAGUCUCACAGUUCUAAUUGCUCCUCUUCAAGGCCUGGCCUAGAUUUCGGAGCCACUAAAGUAAGAGGGGGCCAUGGCUGUGACUUUGGGUAAGGCUGGGAUUAUUGUGGGGUCCCUGUGGUUGCUGAAAGAGAGUUUGUGGGUUAUGAGAGGGCUACUCCCACCCCUAAAAGCAGCUGGAUCUUGGGAAAGGCCAUUGCUCAGGUGUUAGGCAUGUGGGCUUCCUCAAUCAAGCUCCUUCAAUCUGCUUCCAGCAUCUGUCCCUGGAUUUGGGGCUCUAGGAAAAGAGUUGGCAGCCUUUACCCUAAGACACAGUUUGGAGCUGUCAACACUCUGGGGUGCUUCCUUCCCCUGUUAACCUUGUAGCCCCAUUAAUAUGAUAAACUGCAG